AUGCGCAUUAAAAUAAAAACAUUGGAGGGAGCUGAGGUGCAGCUGGAGGUAGACCAGAAAAUGAAGGUCAAAAAGGUAAAGGAGCUCCUGCAGGACAAAGAGGCCAUUUCAAUAGAGCAGCAGAGGCUAAUUUAUGCAGGAAAGCAGCUGAUAGAUGCAAAUGAGCUGGAAACAUACGGCAUAAAAAACGACGACAUACUGCACUUAGUCCUGGCUCUGAGAGGAGGAAAAGAGUGA